AUGGCAACGCCACCGGAAGACUCCUCAUCUCAUGAUGCCCAACAACUACUCAGCUGCGCGAAGCAGCUCAUGUCUGAGGUCUUGACUUUUUCAGACCAUUUUGCCGACAUGGCACAGACUUCAAGUGGCGACGGAUCACACGUUGCGGCCGGAGCUUUGAACUACCUCAAACAACAGCUGAAAAGCGAAAUCCAAGGACUCGAAGGGGUACUAAAAAAACACCAAUCGAAUGAUCCGAUGGCUCCACACUGCACAUCGUCGACCAAUCUACCAUUCUAUGAAGCGCUUUGGAAUGUUGCUAAAGAGUCACGAGACAUAGUAGCUCUCCGAAAGUGGGUGUCCUGCGGGCAGUACCAGGGCAAGGAUCUUUUAUCUCCGGGAAACCACAUCAUUCACCACCCUGGCGAUUCCAUUCCAUCCAAACAUACAACAACCCUGGUCGACAUAAUAUCAGAUGGGGGUCAGACUUGGGUGAAAAUUGCUGCUAUAACAGGCAAACGAGUACUAUGGGAUAUGACUAAACUCGGCUGGGCAGUGGGUGCCGACGACAGCGAUGAUGAGGACGACGAGGACGACUUCGAUGAUAUUCCUCUGUUCAAAGUUGCAAAGUCACUGGCUGAUUCUGCGAGUGUGCACCGGAUACGGGGCCGUCGACCCAAAGUUCAACUGGUUCUGCCUCGCAUUGCGAGCGGAGAAUCGAGGGACAUUGACCUUGUCCUCAAUCGAAUCCGCAAGCUGGGCAUCCAGGUGCAAUGCAGCAAUGAAGUGUCUCCGUUACAGUCGAAACCACUCACAACAAGUACAUUACUCCGGAUGGCACCAAGUCCCUUCGCUCGAUUCUCCGGCACCCUGAAUAUGGACACCUCUGUACUCAUCGCUUUAAUAUCCGACUUUUCCCACGGGCCAGUAGCACAGCAGUCGUGGUUUAGUUCCAUGCAAAAAGGUCAUCUUGCUAAUGAAGCAAAACACAAAAUCGCGAGCACAUGGAUUUAUCCUGCACUAUCUGGACAUAAACUUAUAUGCACGGAGGAAGCCGCCAAAACGUGCCGCGAAAUCGUCAGUACCAUUGGCACGGAAACAGAACUUGCCCGGCUAAAUCUUGUACUAUAUGAAAAUCCCAGCAUGACUCCUGAUAUAAUUCGUCGAGAAUUCAGAGUUUUGUCAAAGUACGAUAUGUCAGAGAACAUUCAACUGCCCGUACAAAUCAUGAGAGAUACUGCGAGCACAGUCGCAGAAAUACCCUCGGAGGCGUUGGAGGCUCUACAAGAUACAACUGAACCGACGAAAUCCGUAUUUGCGUAUGGAUGGGCUUCGCAGCUAACCACUAUCACGUCUAACGGAGUGGGCGUCAACAACCUUACUCGACAGCUCGAGGACCGGUCUUACCAAGGCACUUGGCCUUCAAUUUGGCUAUGCCCUUUCAGUCGCUCUUUGGUCGGUGUUCCGAAACAUGUCCGGGAGGCUGCGUCCUGA